GAUGGCGACAGAACGCACGUGCCUCGAGGAUCCAGUGAGGCUGGAGCCGUGUGACGGAGGGUUGUCGAGCGUGAAGGAGGAGGUCAAGUGACUGACUGUUGCAGAGUGAAGACGAGGCAGAUUGGAGUACUGCUCCAGCCAUGACUGUGACAGGGCCCAGCAUCAAGGUGAAGCAGGAAAUGACUGUUGAAGAUGGCGUAUUGAUCGGACAGCUGGAAGGAACUUUCUCACUUGCAGGUGAAUCCAUUUGGGAUAUUUUUAUUUUGUUUAUAGGUAAUUUCACUGUCUGAUAUCUGUGAUAGUUUGACCGAUACUAACCUGGUAAGAUAAUUCACAUACCGUUUAACUUGGCUGGUAUAUGCUUCAGACAUCUGGUGGGGGUUGGUUCAAGGAGCUGGACAAAUGGAAGAUCUCCGACCAGGAUAGCCACUGCGCACUCAACAACAGGCGGUGGUAAAAACAAAACUAGUAAAAAAAACUGAUGGAAACAAUUCAUUAAUAAAUAAUUUAGUUAAUGAAGUUAUAAUGCUGGUUCCACUUACAUAAUGUAGGGGUAUCCAGAGGUUAGUCCAUUGUAGAGCGAGAGAAACACUAAAUUUGGAAAAUUAGGCAAAAACGGAACUAGAAAAAAAUCUAGAAAACUAAAUUACCAACGGAAAAAAAAAAAUUGAAGAGUGACUAAAUUUGUAGUAACAGUACAGUAAUUACAUAGUUGUUCCUAUCUGAAGCAGAUCUGUUGGACUCUACUUGGAUGAAGUAACACGGAGACUGCCUCAAGGGGGCUAGAACAAGACAAUUGUAGUUGAAGAUACACUUCAAAGGGCAGGGGCCCGAUUCUCGACGCUGUCGGAAUAAUUCCAAUAGCAGAAUGAUCUGCAAGUUUUAUUCCCACAGACAGCUAAAUGUCUAUUCUUGAAACUGCAACAGCAGCCAUCAGAAUCAACAUUGUCGGGUUGACGAAAAGUCUCCAUGGAAGUGUGGCAACGUUUUAUUUAGUUUUGACGUCACUGGUAGGAGGUCAUUCACAAUGAGGGAAGGACCAUUUUUAAUGAAAGUAUAUUAUUAAUUUUUUUCCAUUAUGGUCAUCUUUUUUCUCUAGUUGAUGGAUGUGAAAGUUACGUGUAUAAAUAAUUAAGAAAUAAUUAAAAAUGAAUUGUAAAGUUAUGCUGUGAAAUGGAAAAUUCUAUGACAUAUGAACAAAAAAAAAUUGUUUUAAGCGGGGCAAUAUAUUGUGUAAUGCAAUUGUAAACUUUAUAUCUUGUUGGAAAAGGUACUACAAACACAAAAAUACAUACUAAAAUGUUAAGAGUGUUUUUUUUAGUAUUAAAAAAAAUUUAUCACUUAAAGCACACCCUUUUUUUUUUUUUAUAGUUUCUGCUUAGUUGGCCCAAACUAGUAUAUAUUUUUGUGAAUACUUUGAGGUGAAAAUAAAUUUAAUGCAGUGUUUCUUGGUUCAACAAAUUAUUUAUGAAUGUGUAUAUUAAGAUUUUUAUAACCAGAACCACUGCAAGACUUUACAAAAUGAUAACUUUUUGGACAAUUUCUUGCCAAAUAUUUGGAGGGAAAUUUUAUGAUUGUUUGGAAUAGGUGCUUCUUGAAAAACUCUUAUGUAUUUAUCAAAAAAUCUUUCAGCAACUUUUAUUUGUCAUUAAUAAUUUAAUAAUUUUUGUGUGGGUUUUUAUGGGUUUAUGUUUUCUGCAACUAAAUUUUCUGCAUUGCAGGAAUGUUGCCUAGGUUUACAAGAUAGGAAGGGGUAUAAAGGAUAACCCCUAUUUUCACAAUCAAUUGUAAUUGGUGAAAUUUAUAUAUAAAUGGACUAAUUUUGAUUACAUUUCAAUCCCGUAUAAUAGAUAUACUUUUUUUACGAAUAAAUAUGCAUAGCCAAUAUAAGCCUGCCACAUUAGUACUGAUCCAAUCAGAACAUGACAUAUUUGUGCAAUGUUUAGUGUGAAAAACUAAUUACUUUAUUUGGAAACUAUGUAAUAGUACCUACUUAUCACUAAACACAUCAAAUAAGUAUAACAUUUCUACACAGCUAUAAUUUCUAUAUUUUUCAUGUACAGUAGGUAAAAUGUUAAGUAACCAAUAAUUGUAAAUAUAAAUUUAUUUACCUAGAUUUUAUGAAACUGACAAUUCCAAUUAAAAAAUAUAUAUAUAUAUAUAUAUAUAUAUAUAUAAUAUUCUUAGACUUUAAAUUUUAGUUCAUUUACAAGAUAUUUCUCUCAAGAACACAACAAUUUUAAAGGUUGGAAUGGCUCUCGUGUUGCAAUUUUUAAAUACAAUAAAUUAGACAUAUUCUUAAACCCAUCGCAUAUGAGUUUAUAUAAAUAAUUUUAUUUUUCCUUUUAGGAAUAAAUUAAUUUUCAAUAAAAUAAUCUAAUACUCGGUGAUAGGCCGACCUACUGUAUCAUGUCGCGUAUUUAAAUCUGAAUAUAUAUCACACAAUCUAAUGAGGUGAAUAAGUUAUUGCUGGUUUUAAAUGUAGUUAACCUAAUAUAACUAGUCAUCUGCAUGAUUUUACAAUAUUUAAAUGUAGCUAACCUAACUUAACCAACCAUCCACACAAUUUUAAAGUAUUUCAGAAACAUAACAGAGCAUCCAUUUUGAACAAAUUGAAGUUCCAAAGAACAACAAUCUUUCAAAUCUCUAUCGGAAUUGUGAUUCCGCCAGCAAAAAAGGUAGAAUAAUUCUGGCAGUUUGUGACGUAAUUCUGAUACAUAAUUCCGCUAGCGAGUGUUCAAGAAUAGGGUUUAACAAAUCUCUGUCGGAAUGAAGCAAUUCCGUUAGUGGAAUUACUCGGACAGCGUCAAGAAUAGGGCCUCAGAAGAAAAAAUGGGGGUGGGGGUGGGGUAAAAUUGGAGGUAUAGUCUGUUUUAUGCUUGGAUUGCAGUACAGAGUAUAUGGGAACACUGUUGCCAGAUUGGUACUACAUGGGUUGUUAAAAUUUUUAGUCAUAUUUUGUAUACCAUCAUUAAUUGUAAUAAGUUUUUAUAUGUGUUUUAAUUGUACUAUUGCACCGAGCAGCCAGCGCUGCCCGUGCAUACGGCCUCCCUCCCCUUCACCCCCCUCCAUGCCUUCGCAGUGACUGUUUUUCCCUCCCCUUUUUUUCCCCUCUUCCCUUUCCCCUUGGCGGCGGGCGACACUAGCGCCACUUGUUCGUUUGGUAUAAAGAAGGCCGCUAGGCUUUCCUCGAGGUGGUCGUCGUCGGGACGCGGCUCGAGCAGCUUGGUCUGUUUCCCCCUGAAGGUAUGGUUGGCAUAGACUGAGACGUCAGUUCGCUUUGGGACGCGGUGGCCGUGCCCUACUCAUGUAAUUUACCUUUGCCUUUUUUUUUUUGUUUCUGUUGUUCAAAUUCACUGUUUCGGCUGCCACCUGGCAAAAUUAUGUCUAGACUAAAGUUCGGUUAAAUUUUCCGUUUUUCCCUCGCCAACCAUGACCCUUGCUCAUUUUACUGGUUACGUCUUGUUUUUACCUGGCCUUAGUGCACCUUGUGCUUCACGCGGCGGGUUGUGCGUGUUUUGCCUCGUAAAUUUUUAGUUAAAUUGCUGGCUGCUGUUCGAAGUUUUCUUUCUCGGCGUCUUUCCGCCCUCCCGGCGACGACAGCUUGUAACCGUGUGCGCACAUAAAUUUUGUGGUGGAAUCAAUUGAGCUUUAUGAAAAUUAUUAAAUAAAUUUGGAGGUUUCAUUUUUCGACCUAGCUGUUCCCUGAGCGGGACGUGAUUUGACGCUCGACGCCAUUUGAUUUAACUGUAUAUCUUUGCUUGUUGUGUGAUUUGUCUCAUGUAUUGGCCCGCUCGUGAAUUGAACUGUAAAUCUUUCCCGCUGCGGCGAUACCUCAUAGUUCAUUAUUAUGUAAUUGUUAUUAUAUUAUAUAUGUGUACUCGUAAAUGGCGGUUGUAAGGUGCCUGUCCUUUGCAUUGUUAUUUGUUUAGGGGCAAAUUCUACUUCGCUUGUAUGAACGUUCAAAGUAUUAGUUACUUAUUCACUUCUGCGUGUUGCGAUUUCUUUUGUAACGAUAUUUGUCUACAGUUGUUCCCAAACCAUGUUUGUACAAUAAUUGUUUAUUAUUAUAAAUUUGUAAAUAAAACUUAGAUGCUCUUACUCCAGCUCUUUACACUCUUGUUAGCCUUGCUACUUAACAGGAACACCUCUCUGGAGGCGAUUCCCCUACCAGAAGGGGUUUUGACUGACGCUCCUAGUGGGCCUGGCUUUUUCCGCUCGCUUGGGGGUUGUGCUCAUGUUGGGGCUUGUCUCUAAGGUGGGUGCAAGUCUGCGCUACUCUGCUCCGUCUCAGAGUGUCAGUGUUUCUGUUUGUUUGUUUUUCAUGACCAUGGCUACUACCGUCGGAGUGUCAUGGAUAUACCAGCUGCACCGUGAGGACCUGGCUCUUCAUUAUAGUACGGACGAAGCAGUGACUUGUGCAAGCAGGAAGGGGGGACCGUGGUUGCAAGAGACACGGAACCAGCCGUGAAUGAUCACGAGAUGACAGCACAGUCCAGUCGCUCAUUUCAGCCGGCUCAUUCGGAGAUGUUGAGACCGAGUGUGGAGGAGAGAGGCACAGAAACAAGACAGUCGGUGAAUCUCAAGGGAGGUGCAUCUGUGAUUCCCAACAAAAUCAGUGGCAAACACAACAAUGGGAGUCCCUUCACAUGUUCAGUAUGUUCUGCUACAUACACUUCCCAGGGUGUUCUUAAUAGACACUAUAUGAAACACACUGGGGAGAGACCAUUCACAUGUUCAGUAUGUUCUGCUACAUUUGCUGAAAAGAGUAUUCUUUUAUUUCACUUGAGGAGACACAAUGGGGAGAAACCAUUCCUAUGUUCAGUAUGUUCUGCUACGUUCGCUCGAAAGUGUGGUCUUCGUAGUCACUUUAUGAAACACACUGGGGAGAGGCCAUUCUCAUGUUCAUUAUGUUCUGCUACGUUUAUUCAAAAGGGUGCUCUUAGCAGCCACUUUAUGAGACACACUGGGGAGAAACCAUUCUCAUGUUCAUUAUGUUCUGCUGCAUUCACUCUAAAGAGUGAUCUUCGUAGACACUUUAUGAAACACACUGGUGAGAGACCAUUCUCAUGUUCAGUAUGUUCUGCUACAUUUGCUGAAAAGAGUAUUUUGGUUGUACAUUUGAGAGCCCACACUGGUGAGAAACCAUUCUCAUGUUCAUUAUGUUCUGCUACGUUCACUCAAAAGUGUGGUCUUCGUAGACACUUUAUGAAACACACUGGGGAGAGGCCAUUCUCAUGUUCAUUAUGUUCUGCUACAUUCACUCAAAAGAGUGGUCUUCAUAAACACUUAAUGAAACACACUGGUGAGAGACCAUUCAUAUGUUCAGUAUGUUCUGCUACAUUUGCUGAAAAGAGUAUUCUUAUAUUACAUUUGAGGAUCCACAGUGGUGAGAAACCAUUCAAAUGUUCAUUAUGUUCUGCUACAUUCACUCAAAAAGGAACUCUUAACAGCCACUUUAUGAAACACACUGGGGAGAGACCAUUCUCAUGUUCAUUUUGUUCUGCUGCAUUCACUCUAAAGAGUGAUCUUCGUAGACACUCAAUGAAACACACUGGUGAGAGACCAUUCUCAUGUUCAUUAUGUUUUGCUACGUUCACUUUUAAGAGUGGUCUUUGUAGACACUUAAUGAAACACACUGGUGAGAGACCAUUCUCAUGUUCAUUUUGUUCUGCUACAUUCACUCAAAAGAGUCGUCUUUGUAGACACUUUAAUAAACACACUGGUGAGAGACCAUUCUCGUGUUCAUUAUGUUCUGCUACAUUUGCUGAAAAGAGUUGUCUUUGUAGUCACUUUAUGAAACAUAUUGAGGAAAGACCAUUUUCAUGUGCUCUGUGUUCAGCUAAGUUUGCUGAAAAGAGUAAUUUGAGGAUUCACAUUAAUACAGUACACUUAGCUCUGUAGGCAUUUACAUGCAGUUAGCAACAGAAAAGGAAAACAGCAAAUCGUAUUGAUAUUUCGUUAUUUUUAGUCUUGUCACUUUUAUUUCUAUAAUUUCUUUCCAUAAGUGAAAUUAAGUUUUUUGAGUCAUAAGAGCGCGUGACCAAUCAAACUAUCUAGAGGCACGGAAAUCCGUCUAACCUCACCUCACCAAAGCUAAGGCGACUCAUAACUGGAAUGUAAGACAAACCUAAAAGGUGGCUACUAACCAAACAAAGUUACCUACUAAACUGCAUUUGGCCACAACAAGCACUUCAACAUAAUUCAAACAUGAUAAAACGUGUGGCACCGACGAUAACCUUAGACAAGACCACACUCACCCACGGUCCUCGACGCACCACCACACAGCUGAUGACCCCGGGCAAAACAGCCCGGCUGAGGGUUCGACCAGGCUUAUAUGCAACACCGGCGUGAACGUCACCAAACGUCAGAAGGGACAGAGGGGUGGAAGGGGUAGGGGAGGUAGAAGUGAAGGAACGGCAACAGAAGAAGUAGGUGCCUACUUCACAUUAAUUAAAUUAGCCUUGCUAUUUAUGGAAACUAAUGCUUCAGAAUAUACGAUUUCGAAUCACAAAAGCAUAUUUAGGAACAAAUUAGUCGUGCUAAGUGAGGGAUAGGUGUACUGGUAUCGCAAAUUACACUCAGUCUACGUCAUACCAUGAAGGUUUUUUUCUUAUAAUAUUAUUACUUUCCAUAAUUUAUUUGUAAAGGACUAUAGUUUGCUUCACAAUAUUGCUAAAAUGUUAUUGGAAAAUGUCUCUCUUUCACCACUUCAAAUUAUAGUAUCCCUAAAGAAUAGAGUUUGAAAUUAAAUCUACUUUAUGAUUACCUAAACCAUCAUCUACUCUAAAUUAAAUCCACAACAAUCACCUAACGCAUAACACGACAUACACAUAAAACAACUACAAAACUCAAAAACUUCACAUCCAUACAGCCCCACUUACCUUUCUUGUUUUUACUGCAGUGUUUCUAUACUAUCAAUUUUUCUCUACAAUUUCAUCAUUCACUCCAAAUCCAGUUCCCAUUUUUCCACUUCAUUUUUCUGUCUCGCGAAAUGCUAACCCUUGUUUGUCCAUUUACUAAUACAAUCUCAAUCCACAAGUUCUCUCUCUCUACUGCAUCUUUAUAACAAUCUGUUACAGAUACACAACAUCUUGCUGCACGCUAGAUACAAGUACAUUUAUUUGCACACAUGUUCACUACAAAUUUUUUAAUAUUCUUAAUACCUAUAGUGUAGACAAAAAAAACUUACAUAACACCACUCCCAUGUAAACUUCGUUUACUACUCCUAAAAACACAAACAAAUGAACACAAUAACAUCAAAACACUUACCUCCGGUACUACCAAUACCUUCACUUCAUUACUCUGUUCCAUUACUAUAUUCCAACAUCUUUGGCUUACUAAAAUGUUGUCAUCGCUUUACCCUCUGUUAAUUUCAAUUAAUUGGAAUAUAGUAUCGUGAAAUGCACUUGAGCCUUAUUUAUUUGCCGCUUCACUGCCAUUUUACAUUACUUUAUACUUUUUAUGAUACAUCACGGUAAACAUGUUGUGAUUUACAGUUAAUCCAGGAAUAAAAUAUUUACUACCUGAUAUCUUGCGAUGUGUACGGACAUAAAGAUUUUUCCUGGAAAUAAUGGUACAUGCAUAUUACUCUUGUGGAAAGAAUUGAGAGUGCUGAAAAAAAAAUAACUUGCAGAUGCCAGCACCGGUAUCUAGAAUGCUAUAAGUAUUACAGAAAACUUAAAAGGCAGUUUAUAAUUUUGAAUAUUUUCCCAGUUCCGUAAAAAAUUUAAUAGAAUCUUGAAAUAUGGUUACCAAUUCUGUUUUUAAAAGUAUUAUGCGAGUCUUAUGCUAACCAACAAACAUUUUUGGUUAUGGCCAAAAUAUUAACGGUGCAAGGCUUAUUCGAGGACGUAGUUUUUUCAGGUGAAUACCGUAAUUAAUUAUGACUCUUUAAUUACUGUGUGUAUAUUAGUAUUUAUGUAUUUGUGAAAGUGAUUCUUUGUGUACAUUCUACCCUUCAUAAAAUAUUUUACAAUUUUAUUUAUAUGAUGCCUUAUAUCAAUCACAGUAGGUCAAUUUUAGUUUUAAACUGUGGGUAAUAGAAAAUUGAUUAAUAUCAAAAGUGCAUAGUGUUAUCUGAGUUCAUCACUUAAUUAUCUUGUUAUGGUGUACUGUGCUUAUAAAACAGAAACAGAUUAUGUUUGAAACUUGUUUAUUUAUGUUACUGUUAAAGGUUAAGCAGUGACACAAACAAUUAAAUAUGAAAUAGCACCUGUUCAUAGAAGUUGUGUAACAUUAUAAAAAAAAAUAUGUUAUAGACUAUUAUUUAUAAAUAUUACUAGUAAAUAUUUUUAUUUGUUGUAUUCUGGAGACUUGUAAUAAUUGUUUUUUUUUGUUUCAUCAAGAACCUUUUAAAAGUUAUGUAUUCUAAUAAACAAUAUUUUUAUAUUGUA